AUGGAUGAAGAAUGGUCCCGAAAUGAAGUCAUUGAUAACGACUGCAUCAUAUCUUCUACGGCAGACCCUGAGGUUUUUUUGCGGGUGUCCUUAACUCGUACCGUUUUUUUCUGCUCAAUCUUAAGAAAACCAUUGAAUUUUAUUUAUUUAUUGUUUUUUUAUUUAGGGAUUUUUUUCGAAAUGAUGAAAAAAAUGUUAUCAGAAAAAGAAAAAAAUUCUUCAUUUUGUAUUUCAAUCAUAGAGCUGUGACAAAGCUUUUUUUUUUUUGAACUCCGUUCUUCGUUCCAGGGAAUGUAUUCAAGCAAUUUGUUCGAAGACUUGAUCGGCAUUGUCAAGGUGGAACCGACAGACGACGCUUCAGGUAAAGACUAUUUCUUCCAAUGUAGUUCUUGCUCUCUGAGAAAAGUGAAUGCUGAAUGUUUUUAUCGUUGUUGCGAUCGCAGUUACGCAUUUGAUGUACAUGGGCCGUGGAGCGAUAAUGAAUGAGUAUUUAUCAGUGUUGAUGCGCAAACGACAAUGUACUGAUAAAGUGUUCUUGGAUGCUUCGUUAUCCGGCAUCGGGAGUGCUCGUUGCGGACAAAACUAGAAAGAGACUGUUUAUAUCAUUCACGAACUUUCCAUAACUGAAUUACUACUAUAACAAUCUUAUCAUCAUCAUCAAUCAUCAAUAUUUGUUGGUGAUUUUUGUCAGCUCGAAUCGCCUAGGCGGUGAAAAAAUUGCUCUUUAUUAGUGUUUUUCAAAUAUUUCAAAAUUAGUUUCAUUUUAUUGUUAUAAUGAGAAUUAAUAAUAAUGCACGAAGUCCUUGUUUUGUUUUUCCGUUAAAAAAAGCUGGAUGUGUUGAAUUUUUUUAAAUGCAUGAUUGUUUUUUUAAAGCGUUUAAAGGUUAUUUCAUGAUGGAACAGUCGCUAUCAUUAUUGAACACACGUAGUUAUUAGAAACCUCAAAGAGAUUUAGAAACAUUCCAAUAAUGAAUUGGAUUGUACCCUUCGAGCCUCGUUUCCAAAACCUUUUCAGAAUUUUAUAUCUUUGAUAAAAGCUUUUUUGUUUUCAAAAGGAUCUGAGCGUAGGCUUUUCGCGCAACACGUUUCUGCUGUAAAACGUGUAACUUUAUUUUUCUCUCUUCAUUCUCUGGUUUUUUAUUUCCUUCAAGCUGCUGCCGUGUAUUAGAAUCAGAAAAAGUACUUUUUUCUUGUUUACUGUCGCGAAAAGCCUAGUCUCCAGGAUCUACUUAUCACCGUGACAAGACUUGAGUCGUAAUAUCAAGCCGAAAAGGGGCGAACCGCAAUUAGAACCGAUAAAAAGGCAUGCCAUUAGCGCUGCCGAAGCGUUCUCUCGAGUUUUCGUCUUUAUCGCUCUUGCUCAUUUCGUUAACACCUUUUUUUCCUUACUCGUGCACAUUCUAACAGUUUUUGCAGCCACACGUAACCGCAUGUCUCACAAAAUUGAUGAUGCUUUGUUUUCCCGUCCUUUCCACUGUGGCUUCUCUGUCCAACCUGAUUCUACGGCUCCUGGUAUUUUCUUUUUCCGACUUCUUGCAGAUGAAAAGGGCUUAAUAGGUGCAUGGAAAAGGCCUGUUGACUUGGUGCAUAUUGAUAAGUAGCGAUUAAACGAUUAGUGAUAGUAAUCGUGCGUUCGCCUUGGAAGUCGGAAGCUUAUAGUUGUCUUUGCUCUUUUCUGCUAGUUACUUAUCUUUGGUUUCUGCACUUCAUACGUAAUCAGCCUGCAGCACGAAAAAGACUGCCUUCUAAUGAACGGUUCCUGAUUAUCUGAAUUGCAUGCCGCUUCAUUGUGUCCUUGUCUUGCACAACUACUUGUACAUGAUUCAUUCUCGAUCUUUAAACUAUCAAAUUACUCUCAGAAUUACAGACUACAACGGCUCCUUGUCAGCCAGUCCGUCUUCGUCCCUUUCUUCGCCGACCGACAUGAAGGAAGAGCCGCUCGGGAUCGACAUCAACUUCUAUUCCUCCUUUCCUUCCAAUAACUUGAGUCCGGCCAGCUGUUCCAAGUAGAUCCUGUCCUCAGUGCUGGAUUAGUGAUAUGUAUUCCUUCAGUAGCCCGUUCGGUUUCAUGCCAAGUGGAAAUGCUCAUCGCUACUCACAAGAGCAUUCGCCUCUUCCCCCAGUAACGCAUUUUUCGCAGGUCCAUCCGCAGCCACCAAGUGUAGGAUGACCAUUUUUAAAUGUUUUGUCAUUGCCUAAGGAUUUCAGGGCGAACGAAGCAGCCUAAGUCAGAAUGACCAUUCUCAGUACUUUCUUUCUGGGUCCAACUUCCUGCUGAGAUCAACGGAAUUGUAUCCCGAUAGUAAGUUUUUUCAUAUUUUUUUGUGACAAAGCUAGAAAAUUUAUAUUGAGGACAACAUAGGCCGAAAAAAAUAGAAAUUUUUUUUGGUUUUGUCUUCGAAAAACCCAUUCGAAAAAGUUUAUUAAGCAUUUUAUCCAUUUUUUUGAAUUCAGUGUAGGUGCUGAAGCUUUUGCGCACUUCUUUUAUUAAGAGAAAAUUCUUCUUGAAAAAACUAUCAAAGCUAUUUUUCCUCGGAAUUGGUGGUGUUGAGGCGGCAUAGCCGACUGUUCGCCGUCGCCGCCUUCUUCUGACCGCAGCUCGCCGAUGGACGGCGGUCUCCACUCGAAGAUCCCCAAUCUUCUCUACGACGUCGUUCAACAGAGCACGAUGAGUGAGUACACAGGUCGGUUUCAUUUGUAAACCAAAGAAAAAAGUUGCAACUGGAUUCGCCACGUGGCAAGGGUUGCAAUACCACUAUUUUAAUUUUACCAGAUUUUUCGUCGAGAGGAUUAGCAUUUCAAGUUGCAGGCCGAAUGAUGAACGGACUCGCCGCCGCUCAGCAGCAAUUGAAGGUGAGGAGCAAAAUGCAUGAAAUGGCUGUCCAGCAAAGGCUGAUCACCGACCAAGUUUGUCGAGAACUUCGCUCGAUUUCUGAUCUUUCUGUUCAGGACCCGCGCAGCCAAGGCUCAGUACAACUGUCGGCCGAAGAACGGCGGACGCUCAUUCAGGUUUUUCUUUUCGUUUGAUUUCCGUGGAUAUCAAGCUCUGCGUUGUAGGAGGGCUAUCCAAUUCCUACCAGACUUCCUCUCAGCAAAAAUGAGGAAGAAGCUUUGAAAAUUGUUCGUCGCAAGAUCAAGAACAAGGUUUUGAGUUAUUACCGUCAAUCUCAAGUUGAAGAUUUAUUUCAGCUUUCUGCUCAAGAAUCGCGUCGCAAACGGAAAGAAUACAUGGACUCGCUGGAACUCCGUGUCCAGGGCUACAUCAACGAAAAUAAUCAUCUCAAAAGUUUGUCUGCAAGCUUUGAAAAUCUCUAGAUUGUUGGAAACCAUUCAACUGGAAUUUCUUUUUUUUUCUUUCUAAAAAUACUAUUUUGUUAGGAGUACCACACUGACUACUGCAUUGAGUCGGAAACGAUUUUUUUUUAGUUAUCAAAAGUGAAAGAAGUUGAUUCUUUGUUAGUCUUUUGAAUGAGGGAAACUUUCAGGUCGCAUGAGGCAGCUCGAGCAGACUAACAAACAACUGAUGAUGAAGCUCCGUGACUACGAUGAGCCUCAUGAAAUCAAUCGGCAGCAUAAUUAG